AUGCUGGGCUCCAAGAACGGCUCAUCAAUCGGCAUGCAAUUCAUGACCCUCCUGGUUCUGGCUUCGCAGUUCGGCAUCAUAGCCGCCGUUCCGAAUCAACCCAUCCCUCAAACCCCGGCCCCGACGUCCGCGACGGCACAGAUGAAGGAUGCAGCAGGCGUACUUAAGGCCACGUUUCUGUUCUACCAUGGCAAAGAUGGGCUAACCAACGUGGCAAUCGAGUACUCCGGAGUGCCUUCCAAACAUGAAUUCAUCCUUCACAUUCACGAAAGGGCGCAUACCCCUGGCGAUUGUUCAAAUGCCGGUGUCGUCUACAACCCCACCAAUGUCGUCGAAACUAAGAAUUCUCAUCCAAUAGGGAAUCUUUCGGCGAGACACGGGAAGCUACUGGUCGGCUAUGGCGGCAAGACGACGCCGAUCAAGUUUAGCGACUCGAAGUUGAAGCUCGCGCCCAUCUCCGACGGUGGUAUCAUCGGCAGAACGGUGAUGAUCCACAACAGCAAUAAGGACAUCGUCGCUUGUGACAUCAUCAAGGUCAAAGCCUAA